GACUGGCGCAUGCCACGGAGCGCCCCUCGGGCCGCCGCCGCUCCUGCCAGGGCCCCUGCUGCUGCUGCUGUCGCCUGCGCCUGCUGCCCCAACUCGGCGCCCGACUUCUUCAUGGUGUGCGGAGGUCAUGUUCGCUCCUUAGCCGGCCAACGACUUUUCUCCUCGCCUCCUCGCCCCGCAUGUUCAGGACCAAACGAUCUGCGCUCGUCCGGCGUCUCUGGAGGAGCCGUGCGCCCGGCGGCGAGGACGAGGAGGAGGGCGCGGGGGGAGGCGGAGGAGGAGGCGAGCUGCGGGGAGAAGGGGCGACGGACGGCCGGGCGCAUGGGGCCGGCGGCGGCGGCGGCGCAGGCAGGGCUGUCUGCUGCCUGGGCAAGGCGGUGCGAGGUGCCAAAGGUCACCACCAUCCCCACCCCCCAGCCGCGGGCGCCGGCGCGGCCGGGGGUGGCGAGGCGGAUCUGAAAGCGCUCACGCACUCGGUGCUCAAGAAACUGAAGGAACGGCAGCUGGAGCUGCUGCUCCAGGCCGUGGAGUCCCGCGGCGGUACGCGCACCGCGUGCCUCUUGCUGCCCGGCCGCUUGGACUGCAGGCUGGGCCUGGGGGCGCCCGCCGGCUCACAGCCGGCGCAGCCGCCCUCCACCUACUCGCUCCCCCUCCUGCUGUGCAAAGUGUUCAGGUGGCCGGAUCUCAGGCAUUCCUCGGAAGUCAAGAGGCUGUGUUGCUGUGAAUCUUACGGGAAGAUCAACCCCGAGCUGGUGUGCUGCAACCCCCAUCACCUUAGCCGACUCUGCGAACUAGAGUCUCCCCCUCCUCCUUACUCCAGAUACCCGAUGGAUUUUCUCAAACCAACUGCAGACUGUCCAGAUGCUGUGCCUUCCUCCGCUGAAACAGGGGGAACGAAUUAUCUGGCCCCUGGGGGGCUUUCAGAUUCCCAACUUCUUCUGGAGCCUGGGGAUCGGUCACACUGGUGCGUGGUGGCAUACUGGGAGGAGAAGACGAGAGUGGGGAGGCUCUACUGUGUCCAGGAGCCCUCCCUGGACAUCUUCUAUGAUCUACCUCAGGGGAAUGGCUUUUGCCUCGGACAGCUCAAUUCGGACAACAAGAGUCAGCUGGUGCAGAAAGUACGGAGCAAAAUCGGCUGUGGCAUCCAGCUCACGCGGGAAGUGGACGGCGUGUGGGUGUACAACCGCAGCAGUUACCCCAUCUUCAUCAAGUCAGCCACACUGGACAACCCGGACUCCAGGACGCUGUUGGUACACAAAGUGUUCCCCGGUUUCUCCAUCAAGGCUUUUGACUACGAGAAGGCGUACAGCCUGCAGCGGCCCAACGACCACGAGUUCAUGCAGCAGCCGUGGACUGGCUUCACCGUGCAGAUCAGCUUCGUGAAGGGCUGGGGCCAGUGCUACACUCGCCAGUUCAUCAGCAGCUGCCCGUGCUGGCUGGAGGUCAUCUUCAACAGCCGGUAGCCACGCGGGGAGAGGGCAGAGCGGGGGCAGAGCGGGCCCAGUCCAAACUACUUUGCUGCUAAUAUUUCCCUCCUGAGUGCUUGCUUUUCAUGCAAACUCUUUGGUCAUUAUUCCCUCCCCCAAACCCCCCACCGCCUACCCUCCUUCUCGUCGUCCUUGUUUAUGUUGUUUUGUUCUUUGAGAAAUAGCUUAUGAAAAGAAUUCUUGGGGUUUGGAGGGGCGGAGAGUGGUAUGGUUGGCAGAACACUGCGAUACGAAAAAGGGGAAGCAAAAAAAUCAGCACCACCAUACACCGUGUAAAUGGGGAGCAGGCCCCACCCUUGGGGCCAUCACUACCCUUGUCGGGGCGGGGUGUGCGUGCGUCAGUGCGUCCGUGCGUGCACGUAUGUAGACGAGGGAAAGUGGUGUGCUCUGUUUCCUAUGCGUGUUGCCUGCUGAGAGGUUUGUGUCUCCUUUGCCCUUUGGACAGGCUCAGUGGGGCAGCGGGUGUCCCAGCAGAAGGCUCUGUCCCCAGAGCCUGGGGAAGCCCCCACCCCGCUUCGCCCCUUCUCGGACAUUGGCCUGUCCGAAGGCUUCUCCGAAGCCGCCCCACCAGAGGCCGGACCAGAACCCGUUUCCCCCUGCUGCCUCACUCCCCUCUGGCCACCUCGCUGCCAUCGUCAUAGCUGUCUGUCUCGGCCAUCUGCUCCUGGACAUCUCUGGGAUGGGCUUCCCAAGGGUUGCCGGGGCAGCCCCGUCACAGUAUUGCUCACCCAGCGCCCUCUCAGGCCCCUCCGCCUCUCCCCUGCCCUGGUUACAUCAGGUUUUUCCUGGACUCACAAAGCCAGCUCAGCACUUUCCUCCCCUCCGCAGCCUGUGUUGAGCUCCGCUGUUAGACCAGCGAGGGGAGCAGCCCUCUACCCCCCACCCCCUACCCCUUCCCACCAAGAAGGAGUCGGUCCAUCUUAACCCAAGGUACCAUCCUGAGCUGACACCUAACCCUAUCAUUUCUUCUACAACUCAUACACUCGUAUGAUACGUUGACACUGCUCUUAGCUCAAUGAGCAUGUUUAGACUUUAACAUAAGCUAUUUUUCUAACUACAAAGGUUUAAAUGAACAAGAGAAGCAUUCUCAUUGGAAAUUUAGCAUUGUAGUGCUUUGAGAGAGAAAGGACUCCUGAAAAAAAAAAACCCUGAGAUUUAUUAAAGAAAAAAUGUAUUUUAUGUUAUAUAUAAAUAUAUUAUUACUUGUAAAUAUAAAGACGUUUUAUAAGCAUCAUUAUUUAUGUAUUGUGCAAUGUGUAUAAACAAAAUAAAGAAAAGAUGCACUUUGCUUUAAUAUAAAUGCAAAUAACAAAUGCCAAAUUAAAAAAAGAUGAACACAAGAUUGGUGUUUUUUUCUAUGGGUGUUAUCACCUGGCUGAAUGUUUUUCUAAAGGAGUUUAUGUUCCAUUAAACAGUUUUUAAAAUGUA